AGUGAAAGAUUAUUGUAAUUUUAUUUUCCAGGUAUAAUAGAUUAAUGUGUGUUCCGGCAUCACUAGCUAACUGUACAUUGAUGGACGAAUUCAACGUAGAAGGAAACAAUAUAUCUUUAUUGCCUGAGGGCUUGUUGUCAAGUUUAACAAAUUUGAAGUCGUUUACGGUACCUCGGAAUGCGUUCCAGUCAUACCCGACAGGGGGUCCGUCACAGUUUGUCUCCGUUGAGUCAAUCAACAUGGAGCACAACCAGAUUAACAAGAUUCCAUAUGGGAUAUUUUCCCAGGCAAAAUGUCUCUCCAAGUUAAACAUGAAAGAUAAUCAGCUCACCUCACUACCUCUAGAUAUUGGCCAGUGGACGAACAUGGUGGAACUAAAUCUAGGCACGAAUCAGCUCACUCGUAUACCAGAUGAUAUCCAGAACUUAGAAAAAUUAGAAAACCUUAUACUUAGUAAUAACUCAUUAAAGAGAUUACCUGCAAGCAUAGGAAACUUGAAAAAACUACAAGUCCUAGAUUUAGAAGAAAACAAAUUAGAAUCCCUCCCUCAAGAAAUAGGUCAGUUACGAGAAUUACGACGUCUAGUGGUUCAAACAAAUCAACUUACGUCAUUACCAAGAGCUAUAGGGUGUUUAAGUAAUUUACAAUAUUUAGGUGCUGGAGAAAAUCAUCUCACUUCCAUACCCACAGAAAUAGGUGCUCUAGAAAGUUUAGAAUCGCUGUAUAUAAAUGACAAUGCAGAGUUACAUUCUCUACCAUAUGAGCUAGCGCUGUGUUACAAAUUACAAAUUAUGAGUAUUGAAAACUGCCCCCUCAGUCAGCUACCCCCUGAAAUAGUGGCACGAGGCCCCUCAUUAGUGAUACAGUUCUUAAAAAUGAAUGGCCAGUACUGCAACAUGUGAAGCAAUGGUGUUUUCCAGUAGAGGGAAAGAUUGGUGUCCGUAGCAACCCAAUGAACAUUGUUGCUAAUGGUUACAAAGUUUGUGAUUAAUGAUGACAGUUUGAGGUGACAUCCAUCCAGCAUUCUCACCAGCUUAUUACCAGCUGGUGUCCGGUGAUGUUUUUGAAGAUACAUCUGUGUUAAAUUAUCAUUUUUCUUUCUGUCGCGGGAACAGAAUAGUGGAAUGAAAUGUGAUGUGAUUAUUAUAAUGAUGAUGAUAAUGAUGAUGCUAUAGUCUGUAUGCAUGUGUGCCAAAUAGUGCUACCUGAUUGAAGAUAGUAGAUAUUGCUAUAGCAACAUCAAACAAUUUUGCUUCAAUUCAAAGUGCAAUGUUGGUGAAAUAUCCUUUUGUUUUUUUCUUACCCACAGCUUGGGAAGUUUGUUUGUUUGUUUUUCCACUGGGAGAUUGUAGACAUGUUCUUAUGUCAAAAAAAAAAAAUGUAAAAGUUUCAGCAGACCUGAUCUAUUGUGGAAAGUGGGUGUAUUAUUGCCUGUUUCAAGAACUGAUUAUAAUAAAUAUUUAGAAAUGUCUCGACAGACAUACUAAACUUUUUGAUUUGAAACAGACUUUAUUUGUGGAAAAUGGGUAUGUUAUAGUCUGUUUCAAUCAUAUGAUAUUCCUUUAUGAUAAGAUAAUGUGUUAGAUGAAAAGGACACAGAAGCGUACUGUGUAUUAAACAAAAUGGUAUUACAGAAAUGUAUUAUGUUGUAAAGCUGUAUUUUAAGAUAUAUGUUUUUUAUUUGAAGAGCUAAUAUGAGAUUUGUUUUCCUAUAUCAAGUAUAGAUAUUGAAACUUCAUUAUGUCAUUUUUUAGUCACGAGUUUUUAUUAGAUGUUCUCAACAUACAUGUAUUUAUUGUAAUUCCAUUUAGAGAGAAAAAAAGUAUUUCUAGAUAAAUCUGUAAAAAUGUAGACAGAUACUGGUUUAGAUAUAAAAAUAUGUAUUACUUUGUUUGGUUAUUCCCAAUAAUCAGGUUAUAUGGAGUCUUUUUACCCUUGACUGAAUUUUUUUAAUGGAAUUGUCCGGCUUCCAUUUUUGAAAAGAAGAAAAUAUGAAGUUGAUCAGUCAGCAGUGUAGAGCUGGUUGGACUGCAUGGACUGUGCAUGCUGGCCUGUCUUUAUACUGGUGACAAAGACAUUUCAUUUAGAUGUUCAGCAGGGUAAGACAGGUUAAGUAUCUUGUUGUUAUAGGACUAAAUAAACUGAUAAAAUUCCUCGGGUAUAAUGAACACACUUAAUUUAUUUUUUGUCAGAAUAUUUUUGUGCAUAAUUUUUGCACCAUAGACAGGGUUUAAAACUAUUAAGCAAGAACUGUUGAAUUUUACAUUUUUGGUAUUAUAUACCAAGAAAUAAUUCUUUCAUUGCAAGUAAAAGAUCUGUAAAAUCUUCUGACAUUGUUCAAUUUUAACUCGACAGCAUUUAGUAAGUUGUGUUGCAGAAAUCUUUUUAACAUCAAACGGUGGUCUUUUCUUUGAUGUCAUUGUAUUACAGAAUACAAUAACUAUGGGUUGUAAUAUUAGUGAAUUUCAUUUAUUGAAAAGUUCUUAAUUUGUACAUUUGGCAAAUAUUUACUGAACUCAGAAAAGCAUACCUUUUUUCAUAGCAAGGACGGAGACAUUACCUGCAGGUUUUGAGUAAAAAAAAAAAUAAGAUCAAUGUCAAAAGAGAUUUAAUUGAAAAUUAUCAUAGAAUUCUAUCAAGGGAGUUCUUACUGGAAAAUAUCGUGGACCCAGCUGGUCGUUUAAAAAGUUUUUCAAUCACAUUUUGAAAGAAUAUAUCAUUUCUGGUAUGUCCUUCACUUGUUCUUUGAUCUUUCUAUCAUACUUGCUUUGCAUUUCUUAUUGCAGCACCGUUGUUAUUAUUGACUUAUAUCUUGAUAUAUUUAAUUUGUUGCUUUCUCCCAUGGCUCUCUGCUUUUGUAAAGAUUUCAGGUCAAGGUCACAGAGGCUAAAAAUAGAAUUUCUUGUUUAUUCCUCAUUCCCCAUACUUAAAGCUUAGUCUAAGCAACAUUAUGGAGUAUUAAGCAAUGUUGAAGAUCUUCUUGUUAUGUGAUAUGUUUAGUAGUUUAAGUUAGGUAUAAUGUUAAGUGUUUAUUUUUAGAUCAUUGUGCCAUAUUGUUAAUGAUACAUUAUUAUUUGGAAUAAAGAAGAGCAAUACUGA